UCCUCAUUGUUAAAAUUGAUUAAGUCCUUAAUCUCUUACAGAAGCAAAAAAACUAGUGUGACAUUGUGCUUUUUCAAACCGAAGAAGCAAGAAAAGAUGGAGAACAGAUCCCAACGUCUGUUGGUCAUUGGGAAGACAGCGAAGACGACGUAGAGCUAGAGAAUAUAGACCGUUGUAUUGUACAGUUCACUGUUGGGGGAGAAGAUGUGUUGGAGCCCCUGGUCCCAGUCAUCCCUGAAGGCCUCAUUUUCAGCAACAAGUUAAGUUUAUUGGCCGCAACUGAGACCAGCACAUCUGAUCCCAUUGUGUUGUCCAGUGAUGACGAAGAGAACAAUGACGAUUCUAAAUGUCACAGCAAAUUGGUCGGAGAAAUGGCCUCUCAGGUCGACGCAGUCGUAUAUAAAAACUCCUCAAAGGAAGCUGCGUCCCAGCAGGAGAAGGCUUUAGACGCAGAGGACAUGCAGGUUUUGCAGCUACUGAUUGAAGAGAAUACACCUUCAGCACCAGGUUCUCCUGCCUGUGAGGUGGACUACUCCUCUUUGAGUGUGCCUUUUUUGUCCAUGUACUGCGGCUGUUACAAAGUAAAAUCAGCUGGAGGCCUCAUGAUUUCAAAACAUAAGAUUAUCAUCCCACUUAAAGGCACAGGUGAGCAGCUGACAUUUGAACGCAAAGAGCUGAGGAGGUACAGCGUUUGGGAUCAGCAGGAGCUGGAAACUCGAGAGAUCCACUUUGGAGACGAGGAUCCUUCACCGCCUGGCGUCAUGCUGUUCUUUGUGACAGAAGCUGCUGCUGCCGCUGUACACCAGGAACUUUAUCAGCUGUGUGUUAGUGAAGAUAGACCCAUAGAUACCGGAAAAGCCAGCCCCUUCAUACUGCUGACUCUCAAAGAUCCUUUGGAGGGAAUGGAAGGAGCUUUACUUCGCUCCGUGUUGGACAUCGACUGCAUCAACAGAAUGACGCACGAAAACAGCAUCGCAUACAACGGAGUUGGACUGAGCAGUUUAUUGGACAUAGAUGCUCCAGUGCUUUCUAUGGAUGAAAGUAUUGAGCUGAUCACAAGAACUGGAGUGGACUCGCAUCUGCUCUCCGUACUUGGAAUUAAGAGCUCAGAUUCUGAUGCGAGUGUAGGCCUGGACAGUUCUCAUUGUGAGGACGAAAUCCCCGCUGCCCACAUCUGGGUGGAUACCAACUGUGAGAAAGAUGUGGAGCAGGAUCUCGAGAUGGCGGCAGAAGAUGGAGAGACGGAGGCUGAACCAAAGGAGGACCAGGAGGAUGAAGAACCAAACACUCCCUCUGAUAGCAAAAAGGAGGAAGCCAGGCCUGUUUACACAGUUUGCCAUCAUAGAAAAAAUGGAUCCUACUUUGUAUCGCUUUGUAAACCUGACUCCAAAUGGAAUAAAUAUAAGCAUCGGGGACUGACUCAAAGGUUAAUACAGUUUCCUCCACCGCCGUUGAAAGGGGGAAUAACUGUGACCUUGGAAGAUCUGCAGUGCCUUGAUAGCGGGCAGUACCUCAACGAUGUCAUCAUUGAUUUUUACCUGAAAUACCUUAUCCAGAAUGCAUCUGCUGCUAUUUCUGCAAGAUCCCACAUAUUCAGCAGCUUUUUCUACAAGCAGCUGACGCGCCGGGACAACGCCAGCGAAGGAGGCAACAACGACUCAAUCGGUUGUCAGAGGCAGAGGCGGCACCAGCGAGUGAAAACGUGGACCCGACAUGUGGACAUCUUUAAAAAGGACUUCCUGUUUGUGCCUGUUAAUCAAGAAGCUCACUGGUAUUUAGUUGUUGUUUGCUUCCCUGGGCUGGAAGAUCCACAGCUGGAGGACCGGGUGGGAGAGUCGGAGGGUCAAGAUGAGGCCCAACAAUGUAAAGGCUCUAAUGAUCAUUCAGAAAUCCUGGUGAGAUUAGACCCCAGUGACAGUAUGGAAACAGAGACAGAAAACAGUCAGGAUGAAGUGACCAAAGACCCACCGCCUCCUUGUCCAGUUAGUUGCACAGAACAUACAUGUCUGAGACGGACCGUUUGCAGAAGGCCGUGCAUUCUUAUCAUGGAUUCUCUCAAACUUUCUUCCCACGAGCGGAUCUGCAAACUCUUACGGGAGUAUUUGCAGUCAGAAUGGGAGGUUCGUCGUGGAUCAUCAAGGGAGUUUGGUUUAGAUCAGAUGAAAAGCUCACAUUGUCAAGUUCCACUUCAGGAUAACAGCAGUGACUGUGGCCUUUACCUCCUUCAAUAUGUUGAGUGUUUUUUAAAGGACCCUGUGGUGCAUUUUGAUUUACCUCUGCAGCUGCAAAAAUGGUUCUCCUGCCAGGUGGUUCGGAAGAAACGGGACGAAAUCCGAAAUCUGAUCCUUAACAUUUACCGGCAUCAAAACCUGGACAGUAAAAACACAUAAAGUAGCUCUGCUGCUCAGCGAAUCACAUUCCUGAAGUCAUUAUAGAGCAUUGCUCAUAAUGAGCAAAAGACAUUUUAUUUCAGUGUAAACUGGAACAAGUUCCUCUGAACAUGAUUAUUUCAGCCCAUGUCUUUGACCAAACCAAUAACCGUAACUCAAGUAUUUGGUAAGUAGAAAUCAAAAAUGUCUGUUCAUCCAACCAAUUAAGGCCUAAAGAUUUGCAAACCCUGACAGGUUGCUCACAAUUUAUUUAUAUAUUUUUUUCUCCCAAAUGCUCAGCGACUUUUAUAAAAUUUGUGUUGAAGGAUUAAACAGAAGCUUCAUUUAAAUAUUGGUUUGAAAGUAAAAACAGGACAAUGUCAAAGUGUAGCUCAUGAAGAUAAAUUGAGCAGUUAGACUUGGUUCACCUGGUUUGUUGACCAUUGUUACCUUACAUGUGUCGGGUUUGUUCGAGUUAAAGAUCUGAUUAUUGUGACGGGUUUCUUCCAUCUGUUUACCAAGAUUUAAACCUCUGGAUCGUAACAAUGAAGGAAACGAUUCAUCCAGCAGUCGCCUCUGUGCUGUGAAGCAAAACGCUUAUUCUGUGCACAAGUCUACAGGAAAAACCAGUACUGGUCCCACGUGAAAUGAUGCAGCCAACAUAAAUUAUACACAGUUACCGCUUGGCUUCAUUACCUGUACAGUAGGGUUAAAAAUGUAUAUUUUGGUACAGAUUUUAGAAUUGACGACUUGGUGAAGUUGAACUUGUUCUCUAGCGGUCAAAAAUUGUUAAAAGCAUUAAAAUCCCAACCUAGUGACAUUGAUUCAGUUUGCUUUUUUGAUGAUGUUUAAAACUUAUCACGUUAGUCCCAGUUUGCUGCCUUUACUUUCUGUUUGAAUUUGUCGUACGACUUUACUCCGUAUUUUAUUUUAAUAUUUUUUUUUUACCCCCCACAUUCUGGCUUCUUGUUUUAUAUUUAUAUUUUUAACUCUACAUCUGUAAUUGAAUUAGUUGUUUAGGAUGAAUGUGUGUGAUGAACAUCAGUUAGCUCAUCCCCUGAAUGCAGUUGGUUUCUGUUGUGCAUUAAAGCUUCUUGAACAAACUAAA